AUGGAACGCAGUGACUCGGCCGAUACUCUUAUGACGACGGUGUCUCGUCAUCAUUUCGGGGAUGAAAUGGACGAACCGGCCUUCUCCAUCUCUAUCAUCGAGAACAUGAAGGAAGACUAUGGUCUGUUCGUGUGGCCCUGUAGCGUGGUCCUAGCGGAGUAUGUUUGGCAACAGAGAUUGCGCUUUUCCGGAGCCGGCGUGGUAGAGGUGCUUGGUGCUGGAACUUCCUUGCCAGGUUUGGUUGCAGCCAAAGUUGGUGCUGACGUCACUCUCACUGAUGACUCGAGUAGAUUAGAGGUGCUAGACAACAUGAAACGAGUGCUUGACCUUAAUAAACUUGAGUGCAAUGUACUGGGAUUGACAUGGGGAGUUUGGGAUGCAUCUACAUUCAGUUUACAUCCAAAAUUUAUUCUUGGGGCUGAUGUUUUAUAUGAUGCUAGUGCCUUUGAUGACCUCUUUGCCACUGUUACAUUCCUGCUCCAAAGUUCUCCGGGGUCAGUGUUCAUAACAACUUACCAUAAUCGGAGUGGACAUCAUCUGAUUGAGUUUUUGAUGGUCAAAUGGGGGUUGAAGUGUGUGAAGCUUCUUGAUGCCUUUUCAUUUAUGCCAUCCCACAAGGCAUCCGGGCUAAGCGGCAACCUUCAGUUGGCAGAGAUUGUUCUGGAUAGUCAACGGGCUGAGAUACCGGUUUUGCAUUAG